AUACCAAAUCGGUGCAACUUUACCCCCCGUUCUUUUUGUACGCUUUUCCUAUAGACUUAACGUACGUACAAUUGUACGCGAUCUUAAGCAUACGUACAACCGUACGAAGGUACGCCGUACAAAGCGUAGAACCGUACAGACCGAAUUUCAUGUCUAUUAAGCCGUCACGGCUAGACACAGAACACAGAGCAACAUUGCUGCUCCUGCAGCCAACAGUUUCACACAGGCGGAGACACAUUGGCUUCGAGAAGUUCGAGAGAGACCCGAAUGUGGGCAUAAGUCGCGUGGAGUGAGUCUGUACUAGCGCUCGAAGCCAUGCAGAUCACUGUGAAAAUCCUCGGUGGUCAGGAAUGUUCUCUGGAGGUGACAUCAUCCAUGCUGAUAACGGAUUUGAAGAAAGAACUUUCGGUGCGAAUGAAUAUACCGGUGGAGAGUCAGAAGCUCGUAUUCAAAGGAAAAACGAUGCUGGACGCUUCCAAAGUGGGGGAACACACUCUUGAAGAGGGAGCGAAGGUUCAUCUGGUUGUCAGUAAGGCACCAGUCGCCGGAUCGUCUUCGGCAUCUAGUAAUAAUGCAUCAAGCACAACUCACGAGCCGGAAUUCUGGGCGAUCCUUAAUGAACUUCUGUCUAAGCAUUUCGCUCCAGAAGACGUGGAAAAAAUUAUCAAGGAGUACCGAGCGGAUCUCGAAGGUGGACUACAGUCCUUAAAUCUGGACGACAUCGAGCGCAUGGCUCAUGGAAUCGUUGAGGGUCAACCGCAAGCUGCAUCAAACCAAGCAGUGUAAAAUAAGCUUAUUUUCAAAUGUCAACCUUGUACAUACAGUCUUUCGUGAAUUUUCUUCCGGCGAAAGCUGAUCUUAGGGAAGCCUAUAGGGGAAAAUCGAUUGUUGUAAAGAAAAACCCCGGGAAGCGCUUGGAGUGAUCACCGCAACGAAUAAGUCUUGCAACAUCUGCGUAUACCGGUAUCGAGUGAAUUAUGGAAUGAUUGAAGCUACGCGUCUCUAAAUGUAGAAGAUCCGUGUAAAGAAGUGAGUCGACUCGAAUGAGCUGAUUCGCGGGCCACCGGAUGAAGGUGAGCCCAGUCACAUCGUCGGGCACAACGAGGCUGAAAGGCGCUGAGAAAGGAAUAAACCACUCCUUU